CCCCCUCCGCCAAUGGGCGCGCGCGCGGCGGAGCAGGAAGGAAGGCGAGCGCGGAGGAGGCGCCGCGAAGUGGGGCCGCGCAUGGAGCGGAGCCGCGGGCAGGUGUUCAUAGCGAAAGUACUGAAACGACUCUAUGGUGAAACUCCAUCGUCCUCUCUUUCGCAUACUUCAAGUAGAGAAGAAGAGGCGGUUCACAGAAAUGUGGACUCAAAAUCCAAAGAAAAGAAUUUGGAUAACGUUCAGGCUUCAUCAGCAGAUGCUAGCACAUCAACUGAAGCACCCUGCGAAUCAUUUCAAGGUAGUGCCAAUACAAUUCUGUCCCCAAGGAGAAUGUACACAGUGAAUCUUCCUCCGGAGGGUUAUGUCGCAGUUACUCCAGAUGCUACUAGUGUUUCAGUUUCUGAAAACUCAGACAGCAGUAGCAUUGAAUCAACAGAGGAGGAAUAUCAAGGACAAGCCAAGAGAAAGCGCAUUCGAAGGAAGAAACAAAAGAGCAGUUUGCAAAACUCUAGUAAUUUACAUGGAGAACAAACAGAAUCUGGGAUGCCAGAGACUCUUGUUCAGGAUAAUUUACAGCUGCAACAGACAGACAGUCCCAAAAUAAGCAAAAACAAAAAGAGGAAAAUGAAAAAGAAGCGACAGAAAGAAAAAAGGAGAGCAGCUGGCUUGGUAACAAAAGCUACCGGUGUGGAUUUUACAUACCAGCCUGACAAAAACAACAGAGAAGAAGCAGCAGGCUUAAAAGACAUAGAUGAAAAGGCAGAUAGCAUUCUGGACUUCCUGCAGGCAACACAACAAAUCUAUUUUGCUGACAAUAAGUCAGAAGGCACGGAUUCUGCUAUAAAUUCAGCAACUGCCCAAGACCUUUUACAGUGCCUUGAAUCUCGUGAUGUUUCUUCCUCAGAUAUUACUGCUCUGCAUCGACUGAAAUCCCUUGUAUUGCUACGGGAUAUUGAGAGAUUGAAGGAUGCUUUGAAACAAUUCCAAGAGCAAUCCUCGAUGCCUCCUGAUCAUACCAAGAUAGUCACGUCUCUGUUCCAUUACUGGAUUACAGAUAUCCUUCCUGUGAAGAACAGGAAAUAAAGCCUUGCCUGUUUCCAUGUGCGCAGGGUUAAAUUUAAUAUACAGACUCUCAACCAAGUAGCAAUUGUUCAAGAAGAGCAGUGUCAAUACAUUUUUUACGUCUUCAGAGUCCUGGUACUCCAAACAUCCCUGCUGCAGCUGGUUUUGCACACUGUGGCUGUACUCUGGAACAAAUUAAAAAUGCCCCUGGCUUCAGAAAAGCGCAGGACGCUACAGGAUACUUGAGGUUACAACCCUACGCAGAUUGGUGUAGCCAUACACUGUGUAUCAAGCAGCAGAAGAUAGCCGAGAUGCUUUGAUGGAGCCUUUUGUGAUCUGAGACCUGCUGCAGAUGGACUGAGGGAUGCUUACAAGGACGUGGAGUCUGACAGUCCAGCUUCUUGUCUCAUCAACCACAGAAGCAGCAAAGGACACAACGUGAAGAGUUCUCAUCACAGAUUGUAAUAUAAUUUCUCAUAUCAACUCUCACAGUCAAAAACACCCACUCAGGGCUGGCUAGCCCGGAACACAUGUUCAGCCUGGCACAGGCUGGUGGAUGUCGAAUGGAUCCACCGAUAUCUGGUGGAUGUCUUGCUGUAGAUAGCCAUUUAGUGGACUUUAGGGAGCAGAACAGAGUGAAAGGACAUGCUGUGCUCCUUCAGAAGCUCACCCCUCUUUGCUGCAUCCCUUCUAAAUGGAAAGGAAAUUGCAGGCUGUUGACGGGAAGGAGCCUACUGCCUUGUUCCUUUGCAAAACAGCAGCCAGCGUAUGUCACUCCUUUAGAGCAAUAAGCUGUCUUGGAUGAAGAGCAGCACAAUCACAAGAGUGGGUGUGCUCUUGAGUUAUGAUGUAUCUUGUGAGUCUUGUGUAUCCAGAUGUACGCAUAGAUGAAGGGAUCUGACUUGCUUGAUCUUCCCUAGUCGGAUCAGCAGUGCUUUGGUAGCUGAAAAAUGGCAUUAUGUUAAAAUGAUGAUACCCACCAUCUUCACAAACUGUCCGGAUUGCAUCGCAUGUCCUCCAGCACACACUGCCCUGCUGAAGUGGUCAGGAUGCGCUCUGAAUGGAAGGAUCGUUGCCAAACAGUGCGUUACACUGGUGAGAAGAAGGGAACUCUAUUACCAAUUGUUUCCUGGGUUAACUGGGACUCUGGACCUCUGCUAGAAGUCUGUUUGCUGCCUGCCAGAUGUGAACCUCUCGCAGAGUAAUGGCUAGAGGGUUCACGAGAUGUAAACGUGGUACGGCGAGAGAAAAUGAGAUCUGCCCGCUGCGUGCUGUGUAAGCCAGAGCCUGAGAAGCAAAAAGUACCAUUCCUUUAUAUAACAUUAAUUAAGCGUUUGCUGAAAAGGAAAUAAGGGGCUGAAAGUCAACGAAGACUCAGAAAUCAUGGUUAUUCCUCUCCGGAGAAUGACACCUGGGUAUAUAAGGUUGUUGCAGACUCAAGCUGCAGGAAAAAUCAUUAUCAACUCAUCAGACACGCUGCUGCAACGGACGGCGAUGCUGCUGGGAGUGUUUGGGAUCAGUAUAUCCAGCUACAGCACACACCAGCUAACUCAAAAGCACAGACUGUCUUUGACCCGUUAAGCCGCGUUGGGAUGUGACCUGAGAAGUAAAGGCUUGUGUCAGUAGUGCUGAUGAGUGGCUCUUCUGCCUCAGUCACCGGUGUGGAGGGAAUGAGACACUUUGCCGCCAUGAUUUCCACAUGCAAAGUGAAAAAGAUGGAAGGAUGACAGACUUUUUCAGGAAAGAAAAAGAUGAUGACUAGCAGAGACAUCAGAUUUCCAAAUAAGAUGAAUUGUCUGUAAAUACAACGGAGUUCAUUUGUUAUCCGGUGUACGUAGAGAGAGAUCUAAACGUAUAAAAUACAGUUAAAUUCAGAGUAGGUGUAAACAGAUCCAUGGGGGUGCCCUGCUUCAUUAGCAUCACCUUGUUGCAGCUUUUGUGAACUGGAUCCCAUGUCAAGACUGGUUUUGGAAAAGAAAGUUAGAAGAACUGUGUUCCUCCUGACAAGAGUUAGACCGAAUAGUAAUCAUCUCUCAUUAGCUCUUCGUACCGUUACAUCUAACUGGAUAGGUACAUUUGUGUGUAUCACAGGAUUUGUGCGCUCAAACCUUUACUAUUGAAUCUUAAACAUUUCUUGAUGCCUUUUGUAGAAAAGUAUUUGUGUAUUUCUACCGAGGCUGCUACCACGUGGUGUUGGGAAGGAACCACGGCACCAGACCUUUGUAAUCCUCUACAGAAACUCCCUAUUG